CCAGUAGUUUUUUUAGAGAGAGAAAGAAAGGGUUUUUGUAAAGUGGAUUAGAGAGUUCAAAAUCCAAAUUUUAUUGAAAAAGAAUAACAAUAAAUUAAUUUUGGCAGUGUUAGAGUUGGAUCGGAGGCACAGGUAGUCGGAGGAAGUCAGAUCUGGUUAGUUAGAAAUGGAAGGAGUUGGGGCCCGACUCGGACGGUCCUCGACCCGUUACGGACCGGCAACGGUUUUCACUGGACCGGUGAGGAAAUGGAAGAAGAAAUGGGUCCACGUUUCACCUUCUGCUGCUUCCUCUAAUUCAAAUUCCAACAAUAACAACAACAACAAUCAUAAUAACGCUUCUUCUAACGGUAAUAAUGGUUCUCAUCUUCUUCUUUACAAGUGGACCCCUAUUACUCAAAGCCAGAACACCAAUAAUGCUAACGGAAAUGUCAAAGACGCGCUGCCGGAACCGGUCGAAGAGCCUCCCCGGAGGAAAUUUAAAUAUAUUCCGGUUGCUGCACUAGAGGAGCAGAAAAACGAGGCUACAGAAAAUGAGGGUGCAGAAAAGGUUGAAGAUGAAUCUAAACUGGUAGAUGCUGAUUCUAGUGCAGCAGAACCAACUAGCAAGAAUGAGACGUUUGAUGAAAAACCUGAUAUAAAUGAUGUCCCAAUGGAAGAAAAUGAGUCACCAGACAAAAAUCAGGUAGUACGCCAAGAUCUAAAUGAAAGCACAUUGGAUUUGAGUUUGGGUUUGACAUCACAUGAUGAGGAACAUGAUUCUGAUUCAAAAACUAAUCAAACUAGAGAUGGCCAGUAACACAAGGUGAAUGAAAGCAAUACAGAGACAUAAACAGGGUGGCCGCGUGAUUCUAAGACAUUCAGUCUUUAUAUUUGUCUGAUGGAAGGGAAUAUUCACCCUGACUAGAUGUUCGCUCAAUGGCUGAUGGAAGGGGAUUAUUGUAAUGACAUAUGCCAAUUGUAUGUUUUUUUAUUAUUAUUCAGUGUCCUUGCUGGUCUAAUCAGAAUAUGUAUUGCAGGAACAUAUGAUAUACAUUUCACAAUCAUUGGGAAGAUUUUUUUUCUCCCAGAUUCUUAUUUAGACAGAAUAUUAUGUACUCAGUAGCUACAAUUAUGCGUAGCUAAAAUGAUUUUUUUUUUUCUUCUUCAAAUUCAAAUACCAUUACUGAUGAAAUUGUGCUAUUGGUGGCUUAUAUCCCUGUUCCAAUUAAA